GACGCGGGGCGCUCCCGCACCGCGCCCCGAGUCCCGAGAGCGGCCUGCCUGCAGCCUACGGCACGGCCUGCGGCUGCCUGCAGUGGACUGAUGAUUAGAGCGCGUGCGCAGUAGGCGGUAGUAUAAAGCUCCGCUCCCCCGGGGGCGCCGCUCCGGUCUGCCCCUGGUUCCUAUAGCGUGGUGCGACCCGGGAUUCCCUCGUGCUCUCCUGUCCCCCUCCCCCCGCCCCCCUGAGGGGAGGACCCCGCAGAUCCCAUCGGAAUUCACGGCCGCAUCCAGGCCGGCCCUCCCCGCCUCCCGGCGACGACCAAUUCUCCCCUGGGAAUCUUUUAUUUGUCCUGAGCGUGCUGGGACAUACAUGCUGCGCAAUACGACAGACGUCUGCAUGGCAUUUUUGUUCUCGUUUCUCCUACCCUUCAUGAUGUUUAGAUAAUCAACGGUGCUGGGUUUUAGCCCUGUUUUGAAAUUUUGAAUUGUGCUAAGGAUUCAGUCUUAGUCGUGAAAGAUGAAUGGUUCAAAUGGUUCCCAAGAGCAUCAUGUCAGUGGAGAGGAGGAAGUGCAUCAUGUUAGCCGACCCAUUCUGAACAAUGGACCAAAGCACCGUCCAUUGACCCCCAUGAGGCAAUGCCGUGGUGUAGCAUGUGUAGCUGUUAUACUGUCAACAGCAUUCCUGUUGAUAGUUUACUUGGCCCCUAUUACUACUUUUGUUGUGCGGCUGUUCAGCGUGCAUUACAGCCGAAAGGCGACUUCCUUUCUGUUUGGAAUGUGGUUAUCUUUAUGGCCAUUCUUGUUUGAGAAGAUAAACAAAACCAAGGUUGUCUUCUCUGGUGAAAAUGUGAUUCCAAAAAGGCGUGUAUUGAUAUUUGCUAACCACAGGACUGAGGUUGAUUGGAUGUACUUGUGGGAUCUUGCAUUGAGGAAAGGGCAUUUAGGAUAUAUCAAGUACAUACUUAAGAGCAGCUUGAUGAAGUUGCCUAUUUUUAGCUGGGCAUUUCACAUUUUUGAGUUUAUUCCGGUAGAACGGAAAUGGGAGAUUGAUGAAGCAAUUAUCCAGAACAAACUAUCAAAAUUUAAGAACCCCAGAGAUCCUAUCUGGUUGGCGGUUUUCCCUGAAGGCACAGAUUAUACUGAGAAGAAAUGCAUCAAGAGUCAAGAGUAUGCUUCAGAGCACGGUUUGCCUAAGCUAGAACAUGUCCUUCUUCCAAAGACAAAGGGGUUCAUUUGUUGUUUGCAGCAGCUGAGGAGUUCCUUAGAUGCAGUUUAUGAUGUCACAAUUGCAUACAAGCAUCGACUGCCAGAUUUUCUGGAUAAUGUAUAUGGUGUUGAUCCUUCUGAAGUCCACAUCCACAUCAGGACUAUUCAGCUCUCUGACAUCCCCACAUCAGAAGACGAAAUAACUGAAUGGAUGAUAGAGAGGUUCAGGCAGAAGGACCAGCUCCUGUCAGAUUUUUUCGCGAAGGGCCACUUCCCCGACGAAGGAACUGAAGGAGAUUUAUCGACACCGAAGUGCCUGGCAAACGUUUUUGUGAUAGUCGGCUUGACAGGCAUCUGCCUCUACCUAACCCUUUUUUCGUCUGUGUGGUUCAAGAUAUAUGUCGUAGCAAGCUGCGCUUACCUCUCGUUUGUUACCUAUUAUUCCGUUCUACCACCCCAACUGGUAGGUUCACCGGAGGGUGGUGUCAAGGCCAAAAAGGCCGUGUAGAAGAUGAUGUAAUUUGUGACUGAGAACUGUAUAUCCGCCAGCCAAAGAUGUUUACAGCUGGAAGUCUGGCGUGUGUCAUUUUAAGAUUCCCAUUCAUGCUGUAGAGUUUUGAUGUCUGCGUAUGGAGUCAUUUUCUCGUGUCA